UAAUAUGUUUUUAUCUCGUUGCAGGUGGCGUUGGAGUUGGUCGCCAAGAUGAGGUUGACGACGUCGACUGUACUGUGUCACGUGACGUAGUGUCUGCUGUAGCUCACGGUGCUGGCCCACGUCAUCUGUGUCACGGUGGCCACACCAUAAAGAAGUAAAGAGCAAACUGCUGGGAGCUCUAAACUGGCCCGAAAGACAAGUUGUACAGUGUUGGACGCGUUGGUCCAACGUGUGGGCGUGUGGGCUCACCGGGUGGGCGUGUGGCGGGCUGGUGUGGGCGUGUGGGGCCAGCGUGCGGGCGUGUGUGAUGGUGGGGUGUGAACGCCUCCCAGGAAGAUGAGUUCGAGCGACGUGGGCGCGGUGGUCGGAGCGGUGCAGUGGGGGGACGAGGGCUCCUACGUGAGGGAGGUGGCCGCCCGUGGUCCCUUGCCCCAGCUGGCAAAGGUCAUCAAAGGUCAGUACCUGGGCGUGGGCGUGCCCUCCCUGGCCAACCCCGGCCUCGCCUCAACCCUUCUCCUCCUGUCCGCGGGGCGUGGACUCCGCGUCGCCGCCCAGUGCGUCAAGUUCAAGGAAGGACGUCGUGUCGUUCCCGUCGGCCCCAAGCUGAUCAUCCCAGAGAGUUACGAUGGUUUCUUCGAGAUCCUUAGUGAGGACGGGCGUGCUGUGCGAUGCAUGGAGAGCGUGUCGGAGCUGGCCAAGCGUUUUCCUGACUCCGCCCUGGUGCGAGAGAACAUGAAGGCGUACGUGUCGCGCUCCGACGACGUUGACACCAUCACAGAGAAGUCACGGGCGGUUCAGGCUGGCGAAACGCUGGUGCUGGUAGGUGAGGUCAUAGGCUCCAAGAACAACGGCAAAAAUCAACAUCGUUUCCUCCGCUGCUUCGACCAGGCUGGACAAAAUGUGUAUCUACCAUAUGACUCCCGAGGAAAGUUCUCGGCCAUAGCCAAGGAAGACAACAUCAGCGGCGUACACAGCAUCCGCAACUUGCUCAACAAGCGAUUGCCUCUCAUGGUCCGCAUGGUGCACGGCCGCCCGCCCGUUGGUGCCAAGGCCGCAGCUCAGUUCUUACCAGAGCUGAGACUUUUUGCUGCUUUUUCAGAGGAGCCGCUGGCGGCGUUACCUCUUGGGAAGGACGCGCCACUUAUCUUGCUCCCUCCUGCAGCCCCGCUCAAACUGGCACACGCCCGCAACGCUGACCAAGUGGAGAAGACGAAAGAGUUCUUGAGGCUGUGUGAACGCGCCAAUUCACUGCUACAGGAGGUGGCGGACAGGAUACAUGUCUAUGACGUAUCGAUGGGGAAUAAGGGCGGCAUGCGUGACCCUCGUUUCUCCAAUUGGCCUGACCAAAACAAGCACCGCCACAAGCACCAUCACCAUCACAAUCACCACCGUCCACAUCGUACCAAGAGUCCUCCUGAGAACAAACAGUCUGGCGGCGACAGCAACGCACCCGACGACUAUGACGAGAUUGAUCAGAUCUACGACUAUGUUCGAGGCUUCGCCCCACUACCCAAGCACAUCAAGUCCCCCUACGCCAGCGACGACCAUUCAGCCCACAGCCGCAGGCCGCAGCCGCCUCCAGUGUCGUCGGAGAGGACCGACGUGAGGCCUACGCCACCGCCCAUCGAGACCAUCCCCUCCCGCCGUGGCGACCAGCGACCCUACGAGAAACUCUCGCCCUCAGUCCACCCGGCACUCAUUUCUGCUGCCCUGGACCGUGCAGCAGAGCGAAGGGUCGAGAAACGCUCAAGAAAAUCUGACGAAAAGAAGAGCAGCAGUCAACAGCAGCAGCAACAACAACAGCAGCAUCAGCAGGUACAGCAGUCCCAGCAACAGUCCCCGGGGCAGUUGUCAUCACCGGUGACGCCGCUUCAGGAGAACAAACCUGGCAACAAUAAACUUUUUGUGAAGGCGUCACAGCAGCGGACACAGAAGGCUCGGAUGUUCCGUCACAAGUCAGCGUCGCCUGUGAAGGAGGCGCUGAUGGAGGUGGGGAGCGUGGGUCCUGGUGGAGGGGUUGGGCCGGUGGUAGGCGGGUCGUCGCCUUCUCCACUGUUCAAGCUGCGCUAUAAGUCCCUCACCAACUUGGCCAUGGACUUCGACACACUGGACUCGAGCACCUCAGGCGGAAAAGGGUCAGCGGAUUCAGGAGGAUCGGGUGCCAUCAAGGCCAAACUUCCGGAGAAACGGAGUCGAAAGUUGACGAGGCCGAAGAGUUUGACCAACCUCGUGUGGGACGGACGAGGGGCUCCGUCAGAUUCCAUGGGCAUAGGAGGGACGUCUCGGGCCCUGAUGGAGGCGGAGAGGAAACUGAGGCUGGAACCUGGCGUGUACCGCCACGCCCGGGAGACACCCGCCAUGAUCGCCGCCACCUCCAGACUUCUCGCCUCUCAGAAGAAGAUUGGCACACUCUAUUUAUGAGGUCAGU